GAGGAGCCUGGGCGGGGGCGGGCCAUGAAGCGGAAGCGGAGCCAAUCGAAAGUGACUGCUGAGGCGGUUGCGGGAGCAGAGACGCCCCCAGAACCCGAAGGAGGCGGAGCAAAGAAAAAGCUGGAGCUGGAGGCUGAGCCAGAAAAGGCGGAGCCGGGGGCGGAGCCAGGGGAGGAGCCAUCUCCGGAGCCCCGCCCCUCCUCGGAAGGCUUAGCCGAAGAAGAGGCCGAGGAGGACGCGGCAGGCGCAGAGUCGGAGGAGCGCGUCUGUCGGGGCGGCCCUCGGGGCUUCGGCGCCGGCGGGAAAGGACGGAGCCGGCGCUCCAGGGAAAGGAGGACCAACUGGAGGGUCCCCGCCGGACACGAGCGCAAGAUCUACACCAAGCUCCGCAACAGCCGCGCCAAGAAGCAGCGCCAGGCCAGACAAGGGCCGCGAUCCUAGGUGCACUGCAACUCCCAUCGUCCCCAGGGCCGCCUUGGUCCCUCUGGGCUCCAGAAAGACCUGCUUCCCGAAGACCUCUCCCCGCCUUGUUUUCCCACCGAAGGCACUCCAUGCACUCCACCUUCAUGGCUUUUGGGCUAUGAUUCCUUCCUCCAUUCACUAACAUUAAAGACAAAAAACACCUUUGCAACA